AUGGUCCAAUGCGGCUCCCUGACGGCGCUAUUCAAAAACGAUAACUAUAAUAUUUAUAGUGUACGUUUGUCUGUGAGUUUAUCUAGGGGGAUGAUGAUGAGUGGCUUGGUACAUUUUCAAAAUAAAACAUCUCUAAAUAAAGUUGAAAAGGACAUUUUCGGGCUCUCAAAAAGGUUUCAGGAGCUUCUGCGUGAUUUAUCUGUUGUUCUGUGAAAAAAAAAACGCUAUUUUUUGUCGAACGCUUUCAUGAAUGCUUAUAAUUGUGAUGGUAAAAUUAGGAUCUGGUCUGAUUUAGAAGAUUGGGGGAAAAAACAAGUAAUCGAGGUCUUAUUCAAACUAGAUUUCAAAAACAUUUGCCUGAUUUUUAGCCCAGCCGAAAUUAUAUGACCUCUGAGAACUUCGAUCUUUUUUUUUUGGUAUUUAAUAUUUUUACGCUGUUCUCAGAGUGAAUAGGUUGCAAAGCACCAAAGACAUUUUCGGUUUUUACGGAAUUUUUGAAAAUAGAAAAGCUUUUUCUUUUGCUUAAUCUCCUGUCAUUUUUACUCUCAGUUUCAUUUUUUUCAGGAAGAUAUCGAGUUGGCGCAACACAUUGUUUGGAAAAAGAGAAGAAAAACGAUAUAUACCAUAAUUUUGGGACUUUUAAUUGUUGCUGUUAUCGUUGUCAUCGCCGCCUCCAUAAGAUCCGACCAGAAAGUUGCAACUUACAGAAGGUUUUUCUUCUCAAUGAUGUUCAAAAACCAUCAAAUUCAGUUGGACUUUUUUCUGAUUUUUGCUGAAAUUUGAAUCAAAAAACAAGCUUGAACUCUAGUAUGAUCAGCUGGAACAUGAUUUUGAUUAAAAUUUGAUAUGAUUUGAUAUGGGGUUUUGAAUUAUUCUUGAGGUUUCUGUGCAGUAAAUGGAAGUUUUCAUCGAUAAAAAUUGCUUUUCAAAAAUUCAUUCUACUUUUUCUUUCUAAAUGGGUUUAAAAACGCACAGACUAAAACAAAAUUCAGAAUAUUUUUUAACAUGACUCUUUUGAAUUUGUUCAAUCUCUUGUUAAAUUAUGGCUCAAAAGAACAUCUGAAUUGUCUUCCAUUUUUCAAAAAUAACGUUAUUUUUUGAAUUUCAGAGAAGACGAUCCCUUGCUUCUACCUUUAAUAAAAGUCUCACCUGCCGCCAAGCGGCUACCAAUUUCUGGAGAUUUAUUUUGUUGGGUCCAAUCUUCAACACUUUAUCAUGACACCAGGGUGAGCUCCUGCGGAAAUGUCCGCAUUUUAAUUUCUUGGAUUUACAGGCGUUGGCGAUCAAUGAAACGUGGCUGAAACGGUGCGAUCACGGCCAAAUCUUCACUUCGGAGCCUUUCAAUGACGACCGGAUACCGUAUUCCACCGUUUUUGCUGGUUUAACCGGAGAAUAUUUAUACAAUAAACCAACAAAAAAACUUCAGGAAUUCCCGAUAAUUAUUAUAAUUUGUUUUUUAAAAGCCGAUACGCCUUUUAUUACAUUUAUAAGUAUGUUUCGCAGGACUUCGAUUGGUAUUUGAAGGUGAUUUUUUCGAUUUUUGACUAGAUUGAGAUAAUUUUGGUAGCAUUAUUGUUCAUUCAUACAUCGGCCACACUUUUCGAUUUAAAAGAAAAAUCCAAUUCAAGUCCAAAUUCAUUUUUGAACGGGAACAAAUCCGUCCGGAAAGGAUAUGAAUUUUUGAAGUUCAAUUCCAAAAAAUCGAAAACUUCAUAUCUUUUUUCACUCUUGUUUAUUUUGGUAUUUUGUGGAAGAUAAUGAGAACCAGUUUCUUUUUGAUAGGGGUUUUUGGUUUUUUGAACGCUCUCCGUUCAAUCUAAGGAUGGGUUCCGGUUUAGAAAGAAAUAAAUAAAUAAUUUAAAAAAAAAGUUUUUUUCGUUAAUUUUUGUAAAACUUUAUUUUUCUUGAAGAGUGAAGGAGAGGAAGAAAUGUGGUGGCAAGGGUUUAUUUUUAAUAAUUACAUAAAGGUGAAAUGAAAGUUUUCAGGCUGAUGAUGAUACCUAUAUCAUUGUGGAACAUUUACGCGAGUAUUUAUCAACUCUUGAUCCGAACGAGGCUCAUUAUGUUGGCUACCGACUCAAGCCUUAUAUGGUUCCAAUCAUUCUUCUUUCGUUGAAGAAAAGACUUAUUUUGAAGGAAUUCGGGUACAAUGCUGGUGGCGCCGGUUAUGUCUUGUCCCGGGCGGCAGUGAGGACCUUCCACGACGCCCUUUAUCCCAAUGAAACCCUCUGUCCCGAUGAUAUUUAUGAAGAUGUCGGCAUUUCGAGGUACUGGAUUUUGACCUACAUUUAUAUAUUCUCUUCAGGAUUUUAAAGUUUAACGGAAAAAGUCGGAGGCUUGCCAAAAAAAAGGUUCUAUUAUGCUGCUUUUUGCGCUCUCCCAGCAGCCUAUCUUGAAUCUUUUUGCUGCCUCUCCCUUUUUCACAUUUCUCGCACUUCGGUAACCCAAGUCGGACGCGCUCCGCACCUUUCUGAGCUUUUCUAGUGCUCCCUAUAGCAUUUUUGAGUGAUUACUCGAAAGGCUCAGAAACUUCCGGUUCGUCCUACUGAUGUCCGAGCUUUCUGGAGUUUUGAAGUUCUAAAAAAAUUAGAAAACUUUAUAGCGGUUUUUUAAACGGAGAUGACACAAACUCUGAAAAUUUUGAUUUUAAGACUGAACAAAGUUUUUUUUAAAAGGCAGUAAUGCAAAGAGAUUAUUGUCGCAACCUAAUAAUUUCAAAAAUUUGUAGCGUUUUUAUUGUUGUUUGUACAGAACUUUUUUUUUAAAUAGCUGAGGCUGUUAAAGAUUCUGCUUGAGUAGUUCAUAACUAGAACGAGCAGAUCCUCAAAAUUUGUUUUAGGAACUUGUCUUCUCUAUUAUUUUCCACAAGUUGUCGCUGAAAAAUUCCUGCUUUAUGAAUUUAUAUUUAAAGGGAGAAAUUUCCUGUUUUUUUUUUCAUUUUUUUAAACUUCUAUUCAAAGAAUUGAAAAAAAAAUUUUUUCAGGUGCCUAGCCAGCGCCGGAAUCUUCCCAACUGACACGCGAAAUUCGAAAGGCCAAAAUCGGUUCAACACCUUCACACCGAGCGACGUUUUCCACCAGAACAAAGCCGAUGAAUCUUGGCUUUAUUAUGGAGAACAUGGGGUGAUUUUCUAGUAGCUUGAUAAAUUUCGUGUACAUUAUUUUAAAAUUUCAUCAGCCUUCAAAAAUCAGAAUUUUGUGAUUACAGAAUCGGCGUGAAGGAAAAAAAAACCAGAAUUUUGAAAAGAAAUCCAUUUCGUUCACGUUGACAUCGAUUUUUUUUUGACAUAUAAUCAGAAAACUGCUUUAUCUAAAGUUUUAUAUCCGUAAUUUUUUAGGUCAGAGUGUUUAGUGAAACGUGCGUUCUACAAAACAAUUUUUUUUUCAAAAAUUGAUUUUUUGUGGUUUUUUUUUCUAAAUCUCAAUUCGCAAUUCAACCGUUCCGCGUUGAGCCAUUUUCCCUACGGCGAUGUAUUUUUUCAAAAACUGAGAAACUAUUUUCAGGGCUACGAAGCGUUUGCCAACGAUGUCAUCAGCUUCCACAAACUUUCGCCUGAUGAAAUUCGAUUAUUCGACAUUUUACUUUAUCGUACCGAUCCGCCUACUUUAAAGCAUCGGAACAGGUUUUCAAAGUUCCAAAAAUAAAUAAAUAAAAUUCAAAAAAAAAAACCGAAAUUAAAACUGGAUUUACAGAAAAUCUAACAGCACCUCGUCCUCACGGUGA